AAUACUUGAAUGGAAUUCUGGCGACGAAUCAACCGCCAUCUUUGAUAAAUUGGAACCACAUUCCACUACCAGAAUUAAUGUUGUUCGUGGAAAAGGUAACGGAGCGAGCCAAGAUUGAUUACCAUACAGCGAUAGCGGCGUUAAUAUUGUUGUCAAGGCUAAAGAAGAUGCUGCCAAAGGGUGCUCACGGAGAAUACGGAACCUGUCACAGAUUAUUCUUGUCGGCCAUUCUCGUCGCCUCCAAGAGUUUGUCGCGAAAUCAACAUUACUCUCCCGAUUCAUUGUCCGAUGAAGAAUUGCAUUGUCCAUUUUCGGGAUUGCUGAUCGAUCGGGAAUCAAUACCUUCGUCAUCACCCCCCUCUUCUACCUCAUCAGAAGAGGAAGAGGGUGUGACGGGAGACUUGACGAUAUCGGACGCCGUAAAUUGUAAAAUAGCCGAGAUUUCCGGUAUAUUUUCGGUUCAAGAGGUCGAUGAGAUGGAAAAAGAUUUCCUUCGACUUCUUGGUCAACAAACUACUGUCAACGACGACGAUGUGAAGACAUUCGUGGAAAAUCACAGGCACGCCAUGGGCUGA